GGCACCCAACGCUGCUCCGUCGUAAAGUCAAAGCGCACACGUCGACGCAGUCGAGAGACGAGCGUGUAACGAACGUACACACCUGUUCUCUAUUCUGGAAAGUUGUGCAUAUUGGAGUGCACGUACUACGGUGACAGUAACAUCGUUUCGAUCGUCGAUCACUUUCCGUUCUUUUCAAUUCAAACCGUUUUGACGGAGACGAAGCGGCAGAAAUGGCACCGAAACAGAGGAUGCGUAUCGCUAACGAGAGAGCGACGAAAAAUAUCAUGCUUCGUGGAAACGUUCCCAAAUCGACGAAACCACAAGAGGAUGGAUCUCCUGUUGGACCCUGUUUGCUAGCACUUUUCUUAUUCGUUGUAUGUGGCUCCGCUGUAUUCCAAAUAAUUCAGAGUAUUAGAAUGGCUUAAAAAAAAUCUUACCGACAGAAAAUUAAACAGAUGUUGCUGUUAUUGUUAAUAUGAAAAACUGUCUACAACUGAUUGGUACACAAACGAGAUUGACAGACUGUUUUACCGUAUAUUGUAAACAUGUAGGCAUCAAAAUGCUGUUAACACAAAACUAAAACCAGAGUUUCACUGAACAACUUUUCUGCAUUUGCUACAACAUAAAAGUUUAUUUAUAAAAAUUUAGCAUUUAUAAUCUUACUUAAUUGCAUUAUGUAUCGAUUGUAUCGAUGAAAGAAAACUGCAUUUAAUGCGUUUUGUUUAGAUAUUUUCAGUUAAAUAUAUAUAUAUAACACACUGAACAGAAUAUUUUAUUAAUUUUUACUUUGUUAUCUCAUAUACAGCAAUUAUUAUGUAUAUUUUCAUAAGAAAUGUGAAUUCUUCCAUCGAUACGCGCAUAGUAAAUAAUUGUAUAUAUACACAAUCGAUUAAUUGUAUCAAUUCAUUAAUCAAAGCAUUCCACUGUGAGCAGUUGGUAGCUUUUGGUUGUCUAUAUAUUUUAGAGGCCUUAAGAACAUAAUAGGUCAUUAUACUUGUAAAAAUAUAUUAUAUAUAUAUAUAUAUAUAAUAUCAACGUAAUU